AUGUUUGCUAAAUUGAAGAAGAAGAUCGCUGAGGAGGCGGCUACAGCACCCCGUAGUGGUGUUCGUAUACCACGCACAAUCAGCAAGGAAUCCAUCACCUCAGUAGGGGCCGACUCAGGGGAUGACUUUGUAAGUACUUCAUGAAAUCACAGCCAGCCUAAUAGUGUAAAUCUUUAAAUGUGGUUCUUUGUACACAGAACGAGAACAGUUUUGCUCUUCCUUAGCUUCAUUAGUAAUCCCCCAUGUGGCACAUGCCUGUGUGCAAGUGUAUAAAUAUUGGCAGUAUAACAUAUUUCUACUUAUCUGUAGAGGACAGAACAAUAAAUAACAGCAUGGUAAGAUUUGGAAUUAAAGAUAUUUGGGUUGUAGAGUCUAAGGUCAGAAUGAAAAUUCAAGUGUUCAUGGUUAAAUUUGAAAGUAGGAACAUGAGAUUAAAUCUGUCGAUAAUAAAGUCAUUAAAUAUCAGUAUUUCCAGAAUGUGUCAUGCAUAGAAAAUAUUAGGUUUUUAUUUAAGCAGACAAUAAUUGCAUAAAGUAUUCCAUUUAGUUGUUGUGGAACUCAGUGUUUUUCCCUUUAUUCCAUUUAUUAAUGAUGAAGUGACUUUUUUUGUAACUGUGGCUGAAUUAUAAACUGAACACCACUCAAGCACCUAAAGGAAACAGGGCUUGGUUGCAAAUGACUGAACUAUAAAAUGAGGUUGAAAGGUUUGUCAGCCUCUGCUGUAUCUUUUGCAUACAAUAUAGGACGAUUACUGAGCUAUCCAGUCUAUGGACUGACCAGUGCAACAUGACUCCUUGUUAAUGCCUUGAACACACCUCUCUGCCUCUGUUUUGUCAUCCUAUCUCGUAGUGACUGCUGGCUCCUUCACAGGUAGCACGCAGUGGAAUGGUUGUGAUUGUUUUCUUGAAUAUCAAUCUUUUAUCAACCUUUUUCCCAGAGUAAUGCUUUGUCCUAGCUUUUAAAGCAAAUCAAUAUCCAUAGUAAAGCCAUGUUCGGUGAAGCUAACAGAGUAGUCUUGCAAUCGCUCACAGGGAAAGCCAAGCUCCUGAGGCUGUAGUGCUGUCUCAGUUGCACUCGACUAAAUAAUUUAGUGAAGUCUCUGAGUAGCAAUACUGCCAGCUGAUAUGCAACAUUGUGUUUCUGGUGCCAUGAAUGUUUAGUUUUUCUAGCACUUUCACUUUCUGCAUUCAUUUUAAAUGGUUUUCUUCCUCCAGCAUCUGAUUCAUGAAAUAGAUGAACGUGGUGUGAUUUCAAAUAUCAAGCAUAAACUUUUUUGGGCCUAUAUCUUUGGAUAUCUUCAACCAAGAGUUAUAAAAUAGUCAUAAAAUAUCAUUAUCCAGACUUCCUAUUACGUUUGGGGUCUGAUGGAGCUGGAGCUAGUCAGUUUUUGAGUGUGAAAAAGCAACAUUUGGAGGAGAUUUGAUUCCCUCGUGCUACCUUUUUCUGUGUGUGUGUGUGUGUGUGUGUGUGUGUGUGUGUGUGUGUGUGUGUGUGUGUGUGUGUGUGUGUGUGUGUGUGUGUGUGUGUGUGUGUGUGUGUGUGUGUGUGUCUUCAGGCAUCUGAUGGCAGCAGCUCCAGGGACGACCUGCCAGCCCAGCUGCUCAGGAGGAACGACCAGAUACGGAAGCUGGAGGCAAAGCUAUCAGGUAUGACAUGUCAGGCGACAAGUUAAAGCGACUAAAGUGAUGUAGACCGUAGCUCCCGGGGGAGAGCAGCACACAGUACCAGAGAAAUUUGGACACUUUAACCAAUAAUGCACAAGUCUAUAAGAGAUCAAUCAUAACAGUUGAUUAAUCAAAUUGUAUUUUAUCAUUUAAAAGUGCCAACAUACAAAUUUCUCUAAGUAAAUUAUGAUGAAUGUAUUUGUUGCAUUGACAGGAUAUUGGUGGUUUUGUGUUUAAGAUGUUACAGAAUAUAUGACCAAACUCCAUUUAUGAACUAUUUAAGGAAAAAAGAAAAACUUUCCCAAAGUUUUGAAAUAAAAGUGAGAAAUAGAAGUCUAAUGACAUCUUGUCUUGGACUGAUUUUUGCCCAGUUUGAUAACUUCAAGACUGGUACAGAAAUAUUUAGCCAUUAUUUAUUUUAGAAGUCCUUUUUUUGCCAUGAAAAUUUUUCUGAUAUAAUAUUUCUGAGAUAUUCAUUCAAAAUACAUGAAAGAAAUAGCAAUUACAGAAAAAUUGACUUUGGGUACAAACUGUUCAAAGUCUAUUCUCAUGUUUUUUCAUCCAAGUAACUUAGAAAAAUGAUUUCAGUGAAACUUUCCCCCACUUCUUUGACGUUUUGUUAUUAUGACUGUAGGAUGGAAAACAAUUUAAAUCAUUCAUAAAACAUAGUUUUCUAGAUAACUCAAUGUCCUUAUCUGCCUAUAAUGCCUCUAUAUAACUGUCACCAUUUUACAGUAGCAUACAAAAUUAAUAGGAGCACUUAGUUAUCUCUUCAGGACUUUGUAUACAUAGAAUUUAACACCUGAAGAGGACUAAGCCAUCUAAACAAACCAUAAGGAAAACACUACACUCGUAAUAAGGAACAAAACUUCCUUUUCUAAAUACUAGACAUAACAGUCGAACAGUCGAGUUGCCAACAGCAGCUCAAACAAAGCAGUAUUUGCUAAGUGAAACUAGACCCCUUUUAAAAACUGGUUUCAAAGCUGGUACACGUCAAUGCUGAAUUCAGUAUGUAUGUAGUGUAAGGCAGUUCGCAUUCUGUUAGUCUGUUAGUCUGUGUAAUUGUGCAGUCACCUCUCUGUCUUUGUUAUCUGCACCCAGUUAAGUUCAGUUGAAUUUUUAAACAUACUUCUGUGUUUUUACCUAAGAAGAAGUAUUCUGCAGGGGAAUCAUAAGAUAAGAAGAACUUUAUUGAUCCCCAAAGUAAAAUUCGAUAUGAAUGAUUGCAGCUUAUCACAAGUCAAAAUAUUGUAAUGCAUUCAUUUUGAAAUUCUCAUCAGUGCUCAUGUUACUUAUCCUGGUAGAUUGAUCGCACCCUUCUGAACCUUGAACUCUAGUCAAAGCUCAGUGUCUUUAAUGAAACAAGUGUAAGGAUUUGUUUCUGUAAUUGAAAGAGGUAAAUGUGACCACAAUCAGUUUGUAAACUUCUGUUCUGAUUGUUAUUGAGCAAGAUCUGAUCAUAUUUGGAUGAGUAGCUUGAAACGAUUGAGGAGUCUCACUUCUGACAUGCAGUAUAAACCUGACUAGUAUGUACCUGUUGAAAAAUGCAGUGUUAAAUUAUUGAGCAGGGUGAUUGAAAUAAAGUCUAAAUGCCAUCCUGUACAUGCUCAUCAGGCCAGGUCUGUAAUGACUGGUACAAAAUCUUAAUAUAUCAUUAGUUUUUACAUUUUUCUUUUCCUACAUAGAGUAUGAAAAACACUCUGGUUUCCUUUUGGUGGUUUGCCUGACUUUAUACUCCCAUUACAGGUUAAAGGUGGCACAUUUAUCCCGUAGACUUCAAACCAGUAUGGUUUUCUCAGAAAAGAAAAUCAUUGAAUAGUUUUACCUUCCAUUAUUUCUCAAUCAUGUUUUUCCUUUUGCUUUCUCCCUCUCCUUUGUUCACCUUCUCUUCCACCUCUCUUUUCCGUCAUCUGCCCGUUCCUCCUUCAUUUGUUCGUUUGUGUUUCGUUCGUCUGGUUGUGUGGUUGUUUGUUUGUUUGUGCGUAUGUACUGUUAAUACCUCAUCCUAUCAUACUGUCAACCUACGUCCCCGACACUAGACUACGCUGAGCAGCUACGAAUUAUGCAGAAGACCAAGGACAAGCUUGAAAUUGCAUUAGAAAAGCAUCAGGAUUGUACGUACCUUUACUCUCCUCCCAAUUAGCUUCCUUUCUCUCAUCUGUCUGUCAACUCUAGUAACUAUCACCUGGCCGGCCAUCACUCUUUCCUAUUAAGAUCAUUUUUCUAAUCCCAGUUGCUAAAUUUAUGGGCUUAAGAGAUCUGCUUUGAAAGCGCUGAAUGCUUUUUCCUUUCACUCUAAAAAUCCACCCUCAGAUAUUGUACUCUAGUUUCUAUUCAGGACAUUUAGUUAGUGUGUUCUGUAUAUUGUCUGUGGUGUUGCUGGUGUUCCUGUUUUUUCUUGAUUUGCUUCUUCAGUUUCCAUCAAUGUGCGGUGACAGUACAAGCAGACACCUUUGUAUUUCAAACCGAUACCUGUGUGGAAGAUUAGGAUUAGAUCCACACCCUUUACUUAAAUAUGAACAUGACUAAAGGCUGUGGUGCAUUCUGGACGGGUGAGCAGUCAGGGGAAAAACGGGUUUAUCUAGCUCCUAGGAUUGAACUGUCUUUGCUUUUGUGAGGAUUGUGUCAUCAGUCAAACUGUCUGUCCAGUACUUUCAAAAUGACUGAAUGAAACUCUAGGAUGUUAUGGGCUGAACUAGGCCUGGGCGAUUUGGCAAAAAAAAAUGAUCACGAAAUAUUUUGUCGUAUCGUCUGAUCUCGAUUAUUAUCACAAUUUUUUUAAAACUGCCAGUUUUAAAGCAUCUGAACUAAAAACUAAAGAAACUAGAGAUUAGUUCAACAUUUUAUUAACAUACGAAGUAAAUAACAAAGAAUAAGAUACACUUUUAUACAUAAGUAUAUAUACAUAUACAUAUAAUACAAAAAUAUUAAAACUAUUUUAACUCAACGGUACAACAAAUGUAGAUAUAUACUAAAUACUACAGCGAACUAGUUUACAGUCCUGAGUGUUUUUGCAGGUAUGCAAGACCCAAAAUAAACAAAUCGCCCCCCCGAGAUAAUGAAGACGCCUUAAAAUGUAAACAUUAGACGAUGUAAACGUAGACCCAAUAAUUGAGUUUGUUUUUGUUUGUUUUUUUGUCUGAUGCAGCACCCAGACUAUAAGGAGUUAAAUCACCUUUUUUUCUUGGUUCUUUUCCACACUUCUGGUCAUGAGUUGUUAUAUACAGUGCAGCUGGAUAUGCUUUAAAGGGUGGAUUAUCUUUCCUUACUCACUUCCAACCUCGCAGUGCUAAGCUUUCACUAUCUCUUCAAGUUUUUGUCAGUCGCCAUGCAUUGCUUGUCUCUGCCUCUCUUUGCCUCUGGGAUGAACACACCUCUUAAUUAGCUUCUAACUUUCCACAGCUACUAACGGUUCAAGUAUGUGCCAUUUAAUUUUUUCCCCUCUCUUCGGAUGCAUACAAACCUCUCUGUGUGGUUUCCAUCUUUCCCUUUCUCUUUUUCUCUCUCUGUCACUUUCUCUGCCCAGUAUCAAUAAAGAAACUACAAGACCAGAAUGAAUCUCAUCAGGUCAGCAGGGCUAAGCUCGCAGAGGGGAUGGCUUUAGCUCUGGAGAAGAAGGAUCAGGUAAAAGACUUUUUGUUUCUCUAAUUACACAGUUCUGUUGUUUGGCCUCCAUUGUUAUCUAAUUCUAACCUUUAUUUGCAGGAAUGGAUGGAAAAAACUGCUGCUAUGGAAAAGGCAAGUCCCCUUAUUACUUUUUCAUUACUUUUGAUAAUGUGUAAUAAACAUGUUAUAAAGACAUGGAAUAAUAUAAAACAAAUGGAAAUGUUGAGAGAGUCAAUAGAGGGUCAUGAACUUAAGAAACAGUUCAUGAAUCAUUAAGUGCAUUUACGCCUUACAUCGUUGGCAUGAUAGUGAACCGACACAUAGUAUAGGCAAUCAGCUGCUACAGACAGGGUCAUCUAUAGAGGUGGGAGAAAAAAAUGGAUACAGCGUAGUAUUGCGAUAUUUUGUGUGGUGAUAUAUCAUAUCGUCUCAUUUACCAAGUAUCGAUUUUUCAAAUUAAUUGCUAAUAUGAAGUCAAAUCUAUGAUAAUGGGGGAAAAAAUUAACUGUUUGUCCAGUGAGGUUUAGUUGAGGUGGCAUCGUAGAGCAGGAGAAAGUUAGUACAAAUUUACAAAUAUUUAUACAUAUAUUUACAAAUAUGUAAAAGGUUUGCAAGAUGUGCUUCAUGAAAAUAAAAUACUGCGUAAAUAAGACAAACAUAAAGGAAAGACAAAUGCUAAAUUCGCUAAACAGUUGAAAAAAUGGUAUAGAUCGCAAUAUAUUGUAUCGCAAUACUCACUGUAUUGCAAAAUGUAAAAUAUUGCAAUAAAAUGGUAUCUUGGCCAAAGUAUCGUGAUAAUAUCGUAUCGCGAGGCCGAUAGUGAUUCCCACCCCUAGUCAUCUCUACCAUCUCUACCCAUAGACUGUAUAUAAGAUGGACAGAGUCUGCCUCCUCGCUGUGUGAAGCCACUCCGAGAACAGCACCCUCUGGUGACGGGCUGCUGUAUAGGUCAUAAAUCCCGCCUCCGCCAGCAAAACUUAUGGAGCUGUGGACAAACUUUAUAAAUUUAUUACACAGAACACAAAUUUUUCUGCCCCCUGCUCGCGAUGUUGACAUGUAGUUACAGUAAGACUGUUUUGUGCUCAAGUCCUCUUUUUUCUAUGAAGCUCCGUUUUUAAAAGUUAUACUGUAGUGAAAAUAGCUUAGAGAGCGAAAAACAUAAUUGUAGGACACACUUCCAUUUUCCUUUUCUUGAUUUCUGAUUCAACUUCUGCUAAUCAAAGAAAGCCAGAGUACAGUCAGUGCGACAGGGAAGCUUGCAUGGUGAGUGAUGUGUACUGCAGCUGUAUGUGAGCUGCUGGUAUCCUCUGAUUCAGAAAGGUCCUGAAGUUCUGUUGAUACUGAGUCCCGCACAGUACAACAGGACUUCUCUGGGUUCAGGGGCUCACAGUUUACACACCUGUCCCGUUGUCUUUCAGGCCAUUUGGUCAGUCUACUACUUCCACUCUUUAGUUAUUUACAGCUUGUCUUUGUGCUUGUCAGAAUAACUCAUUGUUAAGUGUUAGUUGUGUUUUUGUCUUUUUUGAAGCCCGCACACUCAAACAGCUGAUUAGUGCACUGAAGGCAGAGGGACGUGAGGUUUUGUGUUAAAAAAAAAAAGAUUUCAUCUUAUGGUGAAUAAAAUAUUAUUUUAAACUCAGCUUUGUCAAAACUUUGGAAAUUGUACUUUUGCUCAUCUAGAUAUUGAGUAAAACUUUACUUUUAAAAUUUUAAAAGGGGGUGCUCUGACUUGUGCUGUACUGUAUUCUAUGUGACAAGCCAAGUGAUAGCGAGUAGGGACGAAUCAAAUGACCAUGGGUGAUUUACACUUAAGAAGGGUGGAAACAGGAAGUAGAAAAAAAUUCCGUUUGGAGCUGUAAAAUUUUAAGGAUAAAAUUUUCUGUUUAAGAAAUAACUUGAGAACUUCACUUAAACUUAACUUGAAAUAACUUGAGAAAUAAUGUGAUACUUUUACUGGCACCAAAUGUAGAGAAAGAAGGCGCAGAGGCACAGCUAUAUAGCAACAGAUCAUAUAACAACAGCGGAUCCUCUCUUCUUUUUUAAACAAACUUAAGUAUGGCCAGUUCAUGGAGUAAAAGACUGCAGGAUUGUAAAGUCGGCGCGUGAUUUCAGCACGAAUUUCAGAAACUGCUCACAGAUUGUGAACCGUUGAGAAAAUAAUCCCCUGAUCUCUACUGUAAGCCACAGAUAUGUGUUGCUCUUGUGAUACGCUUUGCUGAGUAUGCCCCGCUAGCUUCAUGACGCCACAACCUUUAACAAAGCCGUCAACUUAGGAGUAAACCUCCAAAGAAAGCUUUUGCAUUUUGUGUUCUAUAUGAUUUCAAUGUGUAUAUUAAGUUCAAAAAUCAUCAGUACCACCCAUAACGCAGCAGAAGUGGAUGAGUAAGAGAGUAAGUAGAGGAGGUGUGAUCAUUUUCAGCUGAGUUGCAACUAAACUGGCAUUUGGCUAACAAAUAAAGAAAUUAUUGAGAACAGCAGACAAUGACAUCUGGAAAGAAGUACAAAUCCAAAGAUGCAGAAAUAAAUUUGAUGUUCAGAUGAAGACAAACUGACACACCAAAAAGCAAGUCUGUGUGGAUUCCUAUAGCUGUAUUCACACACUCACCAAAGUCUGAGAAACUGACAUUUUCUAGGUAUGCAAUCAGCUGAGAUUUUCAUCCCGACUUUCUAGGAAUUUCUGUAAGAAGUUGAAAUUAACCACUGUAAGAAUGCACUAAGAAAUGUUCAGGAAAAUGAACUUGAACAGGUUGAAGAUGUUUUAUCAUGCAGCUAGUGAGAAACUGGAAGAGGUACACAACAGGAAGGAUGAUUCAAAACAUCGAGGAUGAAGAAGGAGAAAUAUUUCCUAGACAAAAACAGUCAAGAUGUCUGCAUAUGCAUAAACUAGACUCUCUCGAAAGCUCUCAAAAUUUUCUAUAACUUUCCAGGAGUGCAAAUGUAAAAGAGGAUGUAGAGUGUGGUACAAAAAUACACCUGCGACAAUCCUUUAUUGCCUCAGGUGCCAUCACAGGGGAAAAAAGCGGCGUCUGUUUGAAUCUGGCAUCUUGAAAUAUGCACAUAUCCCUUAAAAAUGAGCGGUGCAUUGCUCAAAUCAAACUGAUGAAACUGUUGUGUUUGUUCAGGAGAAGGCUGCCCUGUCAGCCCGGCUCGAAGAGAUGAUGGAGCAAAGCUUAGCACUCUUCCAGAAAAGGGAUGACCUGGAUGAGUUGGAGGGCUUUCAGCAGCAGGAGCUUGCUAAAGUUAAACACAUGGUGCGUACAUGUGGAGCAGGGGGGGUUAGAAAUACAGCAAUCCUUGGAAUAGUGAUUUAGUUUGCCUUCUCCUUUCUCUUAUUAGCAGAUUAAUUAAAACUGGAUAUUCACUAGAAAAGAACUUUGGCUUAACAUGGUUUAUGAGAAGAGAAUUUCUCUCCACGCUGUUUUUUCAAUGAGGUUUUUUUCAUGUGUCUGCACAGUGCUUGUUAAAACAUGCGGUAUUUCCUUCACUGUGACUGAUAUCUUUUUUUUCCGUCCCCAUCAGUUGUUGAAGAAGGAGGAACAGCUGAGCCAGCGGGAGCAGGAGCUCCAGCAGAAGGAGGCUGAGGUUCAGUCAGCAAAGCGAGGGCUGUCCGAGGCUCGUGGGAAACUCCGAUCCCUGCAGCAGCAGCACGAGGAGAGCAGUAGGCUGAACUCUGAGUUCGAAAUAGAGCGGUAAGAAGAGAACAAAAAACGGCUAAAUUUGUGAGACUAAACCACAACAUGAAAAAGUCAAAGUCUAAAUUGUUUUUAAAAGGAAACAGAAAACAAACUGUGUAUUUCUCUGACUUUUACAGUGAAGAACUACUGCUACUGAGAGAGGAGGCGGACAAGAGGGUCAGUGAGCUGGAGGGACAAUGCCGGGAGUUACAGUCAGUCAUUCAGCAGGUCUCUGAAGACUUCCAGAAGGUCAGUCCAUGACACAAUUUAAAUAAGCUGCUAUUUAAAAAGUCAUCGAUAAAACCUUAUUUUUUUGUCAACAAGGAAGUUUACAGAGUGUUUGUUUUUCAGUCCCAGAGUAUGGUGUCGACUUUAGAGAGAUCCCUCCAGGAAUUACAGACUGAACACGAUGCUUUGAAGUUGCAACAACAAAAGGUAAUAAUAAUAAUGACAAUGUUCUUUAUGUUGAAAGAAAGACGAAACAUCCUCAAGAACCUCAAACAAGUCCAGAUGCAGUUCAACAAAGAAUUUGAUUUACUGAUAAUGAAAGUAUGUCAUAUUUUGGGAGAUAUCUUUUCUGUGUUUUACAGUUUUUAAUUUCAUGUUACACAUAGGGAACAAAGGCAAUAUGUAACAAAGACCAAAAAGACAUAUCAACUUGAAAAUAAUCCACAUAGGUAAUUUUAGAGUUCCCAGUCCAAAGAGAGUUGCAAGAACGUAGUUACCACCUCCUCCAUCACAAAAAUUGCCAAUCUCUCCUGCUCCUUGGUUAAGGUUGCUCUUUAAGGUCUUCAAGAAAAAAUCAUUCUUUUAAUUGCCACAAUUUAUUUACUUUUCCUCGUCAUAAUGAUAUUAAUAAUACAUUUUAUUCAUGGACACCUUUUAAAGAGCUCAAGGUCAAAAUCAAUAAAUCAAAAUAUGACUUAAAAGCUCAGUUUAAAUGAUUAAUCUGAUCAGAGUUAACAUGCUAGUCUAAAUAAAUCUGUUUUGAUUUGGGAUUUGAAAAUGGAAAGAGAGCUGAUAUUCCUUUCACUGAGAUUUGGAGGCCCAGGACUUGAUCAUUAUGUCUUUUUUCCUGGCAGUAUUUUACACAAAGACCAGCCUUUUUUGACAAACAACACCCAUCAAUCAAACUAAAGCACAGGCCCUGGUAUCAUUUUAUGUGGUAUCAGAUUUAAAACUGGAAUCUGCAUUUCAAAGUUGCUGGAAGCUUUUCUCAUAUCCUCUCUUUUCAUCAGGCUGCCGUUAUGGAGGAGGACAAGGAGCGCUUAUUGGCGGACCUUCAGAAGAAAGUGGCGUCUCUGGAGAGACGGCUGCAGGGUAACCUGAGUCAGGAUGAACAUCUACAGGAACUCCUGCAAGAGGUGGGUGAUUCAUUGAGAUGGAAGGGAAGAAGGAUGGUAUAAAUUCAGAAGUACAUCUGUUGCUGGUGUUUGAGGCAAACCUGUAAUAUUUAGUUCAAUCUGAUGCAAACAUAUUGGCGUACAGUCUAGUUUUCCACUGUUUUUGGUCUAUAUUUAACUGUUUACAAAACUUGUUCUUCCCUGCAUCACACAGAGUUGUGAUUGAUGAAAAACUAGCAUGUUGUGUUUUAGCUUAAUCUUUGUUUUAAACCCCACUGAAGGUCUGAUGUGCUUGGAUUUUGGCUGUUUGAAACUUUGAGGCUUGAACUGAUGCAAUAUCAGCUCAACCGUCUCUUUUCUAACCUUUGAUUUAUCUUUGAAUUGCCCAUCAAAGCUGUGUAUUGAAUUGGGUUACCUUGUGCUUUGAUACAAAGUUUUUAGCCCUUCGUUUUCUAACUAAGCUCGGACCAACAAAUCUGUGAUUGUUUCUUGGCUUUGUUGAAUUGUUACAUCUGGGUUAGGUUGGGGAAAAGGUGAUGAUCUGGGCUGGAAUUUUAGCUUACAUCACAUCGUAUGUUGGAUUCCAGGGCAUCUCAGAGAUCUUUUGGGUGAAUCACGGUAUAAAAUCACUACAUGGUCUUACUUGGUUUGCAUAUGCACUGAAUGAUAGUAUAUUAAGCUUACAUGUGUUUCUGUGAGAUCAUGCUUAAUCCCUGUCUAAGGGGGGGGGAAUUAGGACACAUAAGUGGAAAGUUAAAGAAACCCAACCAGCUGUUAAUCAAUGCAGUUUGUUUCUUUUUUUUUUCAGAAGUCCAACCUUGAGCAAAGUCUGGAAGAGACCAGAGCAGAGCUGCUGGCAGUUCGGACAAAUCACGCUGAUACUGUCGGCUCUCUGGAAGCACAGGUAAACUAAAUCCUCAUCUGUGUCCUGCAGGAUUAUUGGAUUAGAUUAAAUUAGAUAGACUUUUAUCGAUCCUUUUAGGAAGUUUCACUCAAGAAAUUAGAAUUCCAGAAUGAUCAAAUGAGUAAGAUAUAAAAAUGAAACAUGUAUACUAGACAAUUAUUGUACAAGGGCCUGCUGUAAAGUUUAAAGCAUCUCUAUGAUAAGGAUUUUGAUUGACAGUCAGCUUUUUAUCGUUAAUCAAUUUGCUCUAAAAGUGAUUCAAUGAUGCAGUGAUGUCAGAGCAGUCCCUUAUUAGUGAAUUGAUCUCACCUGUUGGCCAGGUUGCCACGACGAUAGAUGCACCACAGGCCGAGGCAAACAAAGUGUCCAAAAUUUUUUUAAAACUCCGGUUGCAGAAUUCCCCUCCAGCUUUGUCUCCUCUGUCUGAUUUAGGUCUCAAAAAUGAGCUGCACCGUCACUGAGCUGCAGACCCUCCUGCGACACAAAGACGACUCCUCGAGAGCUUACAGAGAGCGGACAGACACACAAGUAAGAAAAUAAAGUUUAAAAAAACAAACGAAGAAAAAAGCAUACAAGCGAACUUCACCAGCAUGAUAAUUUGAUGAUUGUUUUGUCCCUCUGAACAAUAUGCUUAUGAGUAUAUGAGUUCUGGGCACUCUUGCUGAGCAAAAUCAAUCUUCUUCUGUUUCUUUACUUCAAUAAAAAAAAUACAUUUUCGAAUACUUUUUAAAGUGAUGCUCAAGGCUCUGCAACCAAUCGUUUUAUAUUGUGUUUUAGAUUGCCAAUCUGGAGCAGCAAAUUGUAGAACGCAACGAGAGGCUUAAGAGCGCAGAGGAGCAGAUCGCAGAGAAACAACAACACGUGGACAAACUCGUGAGUAUCCCAAAACUACACAACUUACUAUAAGCCUCCACAAAUGUGCAGGUUACCCACGCCAUCACAGAUGCUGGCUUUUGAACUUUGUGCUGAUAACAAUCUGAAUGGCACUUUUUCUUUUAGCCUGAAGGACACCACAUUUAUAAUUCCCAAAAACAAAAUAUCUUUCAAGAUCAAUAAAUGAGACAACUUUUUGUGGAAUUUAUUGAGUUCAAAAGCUGCAAAAUCCUAUUGCAAACCCUUGUCAGUAAUCUUUGAAUGGAACACGUCUUGUUAUGUAAAUCCUUUUAUUGUAUAUGGCCUGUCGGGUCCUCAAUGGGCCAAUAUUUUUACCUUUUAUCUGGGUAAAAUUGAAUUGAAACUGAUUUGAGUAUGCUUAUAAUUUGCAGUGAAGUUGUGUAAGUGUUUUUUUGUUUGUUUUUGUUUAGGCAGGAGAGUUGAGCGCAGAGAAAGCCUUUUUCGAUCAGCAGGUGUGUUUGUUAAAGCAGCAGAGUGAGGAGAAGGCCAGACAACUGGAGGAAAGCAUUGCAUCUUUACAAACAGAGAGAGAGACGCUACAGGACCGGCUGGUAUGUUUUGUUUUUAGUAUUCUCAGUCUUCAGAGUUUUUGUUUUUACUCUUAAAAACAAGGUAUAGUGAGUCAAUAAAGCAUACUGUAAGACUAACACUAUUCUCCCCCUGUACCUGAUUCCAAGGAGGAUCUCAACAAACAGGCAGACGAGGCGAACUCCAAUCUGAGGCAGCAGACAGAAGAGCUGGAGCAUUGCAGGGUAAAUUUCCACAAAUUAACAUAAUGUAAUAAUUGACUUUUGAAACUCAGAGUUCAUAUUCUGUGUUUAUUGUUCAUACCUCAUGAAACGGGACCUCCUGCAGGCAGCUGUUAUGAGAUCACUGUUUGCAUAAUUCUGUUUAAAUUGACCUAAAAUGUAAAUGACAACAGCAAGAGUCUGACUUUUUUUGUCAUGGACAUCCAUCAUUAUUGGGUGUUUAACCAGAGUCCGAUCCACUGUAGAUAUUGAAGUGUUAAUACUACAAAAACAGAGAAAAGGUGUUCUCCACAAAAAGCAUUUUUUUUUUCCUUUUUGUGGCAUCAACUUUGUGUAAGAGUUAGAGGCACUUAAAUGUGCUUUUGAGGACAAGAUGGCUUACAGGGAAGAUCUUUUUUGAAAGCACCAACACCUUUGUUUUGUCUGCAGAUAAAACCAAAAUGUUGAUUGUAGGGCUGGACUAUAAACCAAAAAUUUACCGUUAUCAAAUUUUACAACUAUAACUGACGUAAUUUUGCCCAUGUCAAUAUGUUCAGUUUCAAAAAAUCAAUAGAUAAAAGUUGGUUUUGGAUGUGCGCAGGUAUUUAUCAUUAUCAAGGUGAACUGCUCAAUAUAUGGUGAUAUUGAUUUGAGGCCGUAUCGCUCAGCCCUAGUUGAUUGUGUAUUAAGCCGUUUUGCAAAUUGGGGAAUCAGUAAAAUAGGAAGUGGUGAAAUAAAAAUGAAUGCAUUUUAUCACUUGCUUGCAAAUAUUACUUACAAGAAUACAAAAUUCCUGCACAUCCUAAUUUUUGUGUCUUUCUUGUCGAAUGUUUCUUCAGGCAGAGCUGGUCAGCCGGCAAACUGUGAGCACAGAAAUUGCUAAAGCUCUAGAAGACACCAGACGACAGAAGGAAGAGCUGCAAACCCAGGUCUGUACACAGUGGAUGUCAAUGUAACCUCACAACCCAGUGGCUAUUGUGUGCUGAUGUGAGAUUUAAGAUGUGAAUGAUGGGUUACUUCUGCCUUUAAACAUGUAGACGGCAUUUAGUGAUAAGCAGCUUUCAUCGUAGAUACUUGGUUCCUUGCUCUGCAUUAUUUAUAGUCCAGUUAGUAACAAGCUACUUGAGAAGCAGCCGUGGGAUCAGAUCAAAAGUAAAGGGAAAUUCAGCCCUCUGGGUAUGAUGUGAAAUAAACAUGGUUUGGCUUCUGCAGUGCCUCUUCAUCUGUCUUAGUUGAGUCUCUGUUAGGUUAGCUACAUAGAGGCCUUACCACAUGAACUCUUACUUUUUAUUCGUUUAAAAUAACAUUAUGAUGCACAUUUGUAUAAAGUGAAACUGUAAAGGCUCUGUUUCGCAAGAGGAAAAGAAAACAAGUAUGAAAUGUUUGAUGAAUGUAGGUUGGAUUGAUCACUCCUGAUGCAUUCAAGGAUAUCAGGAAAUCUAGAUUCUGAUUGCUCACUAAAGUUAAAUAUUUCUAGAUAGCGAGCUAGACUUGCAAGCAGCUACUUGUAGUUUAUAAAUAGUUGUUGGAUUACUGACAUUUGGAGCCAAGAUGUCACUUUAGCAGAUUGCAUUACAUGUACUAUUGACUAAUUUUGUCUGCGUGGUCUGCUGAUACAUGAUUGGUUGAUAUUUUUUAAUAAUGAAAAGUUACUGUAAAUUGAAAUUAUACCACUCCAUACCAAAGUCUGGUUGUACAUUUACAGAUUCUUCAUUUCUAUCUGUAAGUAGAGAAAAAAAAAACCUGAGUAACCCUCUAAAAUGAGAUGGCCCGUAUUAAGCCCACAUAUUCCCUCAGCAAAGAUUGUUCAUCAGACACAUCCUGAAAGCAUGCACUGUGUGAUUUACAAGUGUGUGUCUAUUCUUGUCGCCAGGUUGGACAGCUGACCUCAUCGCUUCAGACAUCGCAGCAGGAGCUGUCCACUGUCACUGAGACGCUAACAAUGAGAGAGGAAAACAUCAAAAACCUCCAGGAUGGUACAUAGACACACACAUGAACACACACACACUUUAAGCUUAUAAACAUAUGGUAUACGCUGCAUAAAGUUCAAUAUCGGACUAAAAUUGUUGUACUAUUUUAUUUUAAAUUAGAUGCGGUCCUCCUCUUAAAGGAGUUUUUUUUUUACUCAACAAUGAUUUUAUAUUGAAAUAUAAAAGACGUUGAUAAAUAAAAAGUAAAAAGAGAAAAAGUUAAAUGAGCUACUGUAUGUUAAGAGAAAUACAUAUGUAGACUAGUCGCUGGAAACUCACUUAGAGGAGUUUUGGAUGUUUUUUAGAGGGGUAUUAAAACCAUGUCCCUGAUUUGAAGUCUAAAUGACCAGCAGGCAUCACCAUGUUUGACACAGCAGUAGUAUAAUUCUCCAGUCAGCAGCCAUGUGCACGGAUUAAGCUGUCAUCAUCUUUUUGGCGAGCAUUGCAGAAAAGAUUCCGCAUAUCAAAAAUUGUAGGAAAAAUUCACAACAUUAAAUGUUUCAAUGGACUUUCUUCCAAUUAACACAAAUUUUGCAACGUGGAUUUGAUUUUGUUCGCCCUGUACUCUGCUGUUUUUUGCCUCUGAUCUAUCGAAUGUUGUUCUCGUGUGUUGCAGAGGUGCAGCGCCGGCAGGAAUCUCUCGUGCAGCUGCAGGAGGAGUUGGAGCAGCAGCGGGCCCAGCUGGAGCAGAUGGAGCAGGACAAAGACUCCCAGCUCAGCAGCCUGAGGGAGGAGCUGUUGAAUCAGACACAGCAGCUAGACAGCUGCCAGGCACGAGUACGUAUCUACCUUCAAAGCCAGGAACAGACACAUACAUGCCUACAAACGCGCUUUUAUGUAGAACAUGUAGCUGGACAACCAUUAAUUAUGAUGAUCAUGGUUUUGCCUGGCAUAUUUGAGGACUUACUGGCCGGUCCAUUACACAUAACAUAGGCUGUAUGUAAGAAGUGCAUUAAUGAUAUUUUUUUGACGCUUCUGGUUUUGAAUUUUGGUUGUUUUUUUAUGCUCAAGCUGUUACAGAAAGAGAGGUCUUUUAACGUCUUUUAAUGCUUUGUUAGUUCUUGGCCUGCAUAAAAACAGACCUCUUAUGAAACAGUUGGUCUCCUCAAGGUGUCUUUAAAUGGAGUUGCACCAUAAUACAUAUCUAACCUCCUGCAAAGCUACACUCCCACAAGGUCUUUGAGGUCUAUGGGACAGCAGCUUCUCGUGGUCCCUAAGUCCAGGCUGAAAAACCAGGGGCGGUUGUGCCUUCCCCGCAGUGGCCUCCAAACUAUAGAAUAAGCUGCCCCCUCAUGUUCGAUUAUUCCCACUAUUAAGGCCAUUUUAAAUCCUGUCUGAAAACCCAUUUUUACUCCUUGGCUUUUAACCCAGCAUUAGCGUUGUGUGGCCUCUGUCUGUCUGUUCUUUUAUUGGAGUUUUUUAAUUUGCUCUUACAGUGUUUUUAUUUAUUUUACUUCUAUUUUUACUUGUUUUUAAAGCGUUUAUAUGUUGUUUUUAUGAUAAUUCUUCUAUUUUAUUCUCUGGCAUUAUCUUCUGUGUGUUUUAACUUACACUGUUUUAGCCAGCACUUUGCUAAACUUGAUUGUUUUUUGAAUGUUCUGUAUGAAUAAAGUGGAUAGGAUUGGAUUCAAUUGCUGGAUCAGGUCUAGUUCAGAUUGCUUCGGUGGCAUCAGGCUUUCCAGUAUACUUGCUUCAUCGUCCGUUGACAACAAAGCAGGGGCAGUGAUUUAUGAGACAAAAACCAUGCUGUUAUAUACUUGAAGCAAAAGUAGUAUCAGGAUAUCCACAGAGAAACACAAUUACCUUCUCACAAGCUUAAAGGUUUUCUGCUUUUUAAUUAUCAGUAUUUCAUACAGCUCUGCUUGAUCUUGUCAAUUAAUCUACAUUCAUUCUAUUUGUGUGCGCAAACAUCAGCCAUUUUAAGUCUCUGAUUGUCUCCUGCAGUGUGUAAAGAAGAAAUAUGAAUAUAAAUAACUUUGUUAGGGUAACUGGAUUGUGUGGUUUAAUGUUUUCUAUCUAGAUCUCAUACCUGGAGGUCGAGGUGGAAACUCUCACCGAGCAGCUGAACACACCUGUAGUGUGUGAGGAGGACCAGAAUGGCAGUGUGACUGUGGACGAUCUGGAUCACCUUCAGAGGGUCAACAAAGAGCUGGAGCAGCAGCUGAGUGACAAGAACAGGGUCAGUGAUCUUUAGACUACAACUUUCUUUUAUCUCUGGGGUUUUUAUCGAAUAUCCAUGUUAGUCCCCUAACAUAGACACGGGGUGGACACACACUCACGGAACAUGAAUAAAUCAUUGCUGUUGUUUUGAUUAUAGACCAUCAAGCAGCUCCAACAGAGACUUGCAGAGCUGAAGAGGACACUGCAAAAGGAACUGGUGAGGCACAGUGACACUCAGCUUGGCUUUACGAAAACAACAAAAUGAAGACACGUCACAUUUUGCCUGUUUCUCGUGGAGUUUUGUUUAUAGAUGCACCACCCAACCAACAGGAGGAAGCUUUUGAUUGUACUACAUUAAACAGGGGUUAAUGUCUUAGUAAUCUCUGAGUAAGUCUUUGUGUUUUAUCGCUCUUUAGAAACUGAAGCCUGAGCCAGAAGCAGAGGGGAAGGAGAAGUUACCAGAAAGCAAAGCAGAAAAACAAGAGAGGCUUUUUCCAGACCCACCACCAGCAUCAUCACCAAGCCCCCCAACCUCCAACACCACAGUGACCAACACAUCAGACCUCAACGACUCACGGGAAAUCAACUUUGAGUAUCUCAAACACGUAGUUCUCAAGUUUAUGUCAUCCAGGGAGGCUGAGGUGAGUCCUUCGUGGUUGUUUUGAAUAUUUUUCUUGAGUAGAUUUAAGUAGCAGAAGUAACUCUGAAUGACAGAAUGACAGCUUGACUCUGUUUCUGAAUUUAUGUGUUUCCCCCCUUCAGGCGUUCCAGCUGAUACGAGCUGUUUCUGUGCUGCUAAACUUCACUCGUGAGGAAGAGGACAUGUUGAAACAGACUCUUGAGUACAAGGUUGGUGUUUCAUAAAGAACGUCUGAAUAUAAUAUCUUCUGGAAGUUGAUAGUUCUUUCCAAAGUGUUGUGUUUGUCUAGGGACAGUGGUUUAUAUCACAGUGUUUUAAAACAAAAAUAAUGUAAUAUCCUCUUCAGUCUGUUAUUUUUAUUAUUAUUAUUUUUUUAAUUUUGUACACUUAAAUCUAUAACUUAAUAUUGUUUGUGCAAAUUGUCAAUUAAGAAGAUUAUAACAACUUAAAUCAAAAACUUUGAGAUAGGAAUUAUUAUUUAUUUGAAGUAAUGUAAAAUAUUCUGAUUUCCCCUCAUUUCUUUUGUACUUUUUUGCCAGUUUGGAUGUUAAAUGGGUCUUAAAUUGUAUUUAUUAUGGUCUUUAAAAAGUCUUAAAUUUGACUUGCUGAAACCUACAGAGACCCUGCAAACAACAGUUGUCCCAUUGGGUUGUGGACAUUAUCCACCAAUUGGAUUUUGCGUCCAACUGCCCUGGAGGCAGUUUGUGCUGCAGCCUCAUUGGCGUCAACCAGCACUUUAGCUAAUCUUUACAGGGUCAAUACCCCCCACCCCACACCCCCUCAUCUUCUAAGUGUGGUCCUCCUUCUAAGCUCUUCUUCAUGACAGAAAUGAGGUUUGUUUUGAGAUUCCUUGUGACUCUGUUGGUGUAAGUUAUCCUGUGUUUGAAGCACCACCUGGUGGUCAACCGUAGUUACAUACACAACUCUUCGCUUUAUGAAACUACCCAGAGGGGGUUCUUACAUGCAAGCCCAGUGAUUUACUCCAUAAAGGCUAAAACAUACAGGAUCUGUAUUGAGCGUGUAACGGCAGCGUCGCAUAUCACGCAGCAAAUAAGUUGCCAUUCAAAUCGAUGAAAUAUCGCAUACAGGACGCGUAUCAGCUCUGUGCGUAUCUUUAGCAGUGCCUUGCUCCAUACUCUUCUGAUACAGAGUCUGUUUUUGCUGCUCUACGCUUCCAAUACACGUCAAUUCACGCAGAGAAGAUUCUACUAGACAGGAUGACAACCGCGCAUGUCAUCCGGUAUUUCAAAAUAAAACACCAUAUGUGGAUUUAGGCGAUUUCACGAGAGAUGGCCAGCAUUAUCAAGAGAUGAUUUAGGCCUAAAACUCAUUUUCAUCAAAAAAUGACUUUGGUCAUUAUUUUAAUAGGUUGACGAUAUGCUGGUUUAGAGAUCAUGGAAAAAUAUGAAUGUUUUCUCCUUCUAGUCUUAAGGUUUCUUAAAAAUUUAAUGUUUGUUUGAGCUAUUUUUUUUUUCUUUUGUAAACUAACCCUUGUGACUUGUAUGUUUCACGUGCUAGAUGUCCUGGUUUGGAUCCAAACCUUCACCAAAGGGUACUAUCCGGCCCUCAGUCUCAGGCGCUUCCCCCCACUGGAGUUGA